CACGGUAGUGGGCGCAGAUUAUACCAGUACAGCCGGCUCUCCUUUUCGUAUACACAAUCGUCACUGCACAUCCGCUGGCUGGCACAACAGCGCUGUCUACAAAGAGAUAUGUGAAAAUGCAGGCGCCGCGCUUCAAGAAAAAGAGGCGCGGCGUUGCUGGGCUGUCGGCAAGCAGCACCAGUCUUGGUUCCACGGUUGCAACGGUGGGCGAUACAUUAGGUACGGCAAAGUCGACGGUUGAUGAUGCAGCGUCAGAUAACGAACAAGGGGUCAUCAUCCGGCGCACAUCGAAAAAAGGGGAGCAAGGAUCCUCGAAACAAGCUGCGGUAGGGAGCGCAUCUUCCAAGACGAACAAAGGCGUCACUUCGCUCAGCUUUGAUGGUGAUGCCAUCGGAGCGAGUCACACCUGCGAUCCCGAGGUUUUUGCCAUUCGUCGAUCGAAAUUGGCCCUCGCUGCUCGGCAAGGCCUUUCGUACCACACUGAGACCUCGGAAUCUGAAGGUGCCACUCAGGUAUACUCUGCAACUCAGUUGGCAGACCUCAAAGCCUCUACACCUAACUUCCAGAAGAAAGUGACUGGGGUAAUUGCCUCGCGUGAUGUCCCGACUGAUCCGGUCUUGCAAACAAAUCAGACGAUGAUUCCUAGUGAGUUGGCGGUGCAAAAUGCAAAGCAACGCCGUCAGCGCGCUGCGCAGGAGCUUUCCUCGACGAGCACACGCGACUUUAUCUCUUUAAGCUCUUCCCAAGAUGGAGCGCAUCCACAGAGCAGACUGAAGCGCGAGGACGAUGAUGUCGGAAGUGGAGAAGAUGAAUUCGGGGGCUUCACGGUAGACGAAGAACGUUUGGCCCUGAACAUGAAGGACAGGAAGAAGGCCGAUGUUGAAAGGCGACAGAAGAUGCGCGAAGCAUUCGAGGGUGUACACAUUGAUGCAGGAGCCGCUGAGGAUUCCGAUGAGGAAGAACAGCGCCGGGAAGAGAUGGAUUGGGAAGCUGCGCAGCUUGCACGGUGGCAGAACCCUGUCCGUAUGGAUGAAAAUGAGCAGUACUAUGCUACCCGUGUGCCAGAAGUGGCUGCAAUCCCGGAUCUGUCGGCUGCAUCGGCCAGAAUCUCAGCUGUGCUAACUGACCUCGAGGAAAUCAUCGCCAAUCGACAACGUCUGAUCGAUGACUCGCGUGCAUCUCAGCAGCGUCUAGAUAAUGACGCCGCUGAGAAUCGCCGACUUAUCGAGGCGAUGGACGCGAAGGAGGCUUGGUACAGAGAAUUUCAAGAGUUCACGGAAACCCUUGCAGAUUUCCUGGAUGACAAGGCUCCAAUACUCGAAGCCAUUGAGAAUGAGCGCACAUAUCUGCUGCGCGAUAUUAACAAUAAGCGACAGACACUCCGAGCACGCCAGCUGGAAGACCUUUCGUCGCUGUUUCAAGGCAUCCCGCGCUUGGCGGUGUGGUCGGACGACGAGGCGGACGUACGUGCUUACAGUCCAGCUGAAGAUGGCGGUCCCGAAAGUAGCGUACGCGAGCAGCGGCGCGUAGACUCGGUUGCCGGCCUGAUCGCAGACGGCUUGCUGGAUCCACAAGCGGAAGAGGGCUUGGCCCGUCUAUCCGCUCGCCUAAACAAUCUCUUUGAUGACGUCAAAGCGCCAGAAUUCGUAGACCCUGCGGCCCGUAGCGACGCAGACAAGGGAGGUGCCCUGCACCCGCGAUCGGUGCUCGCCCGCUUUGCGCAAUGGCGGGAGAGGUUUUCGGGAGACUACAGCGGGGCAUGGGGCGGUCUGGCGCUGGCAGGCAUAUGGGACUUUUGGAUUCGCAAGGAGCUCGUAGGAAAGACGCUCCGCGGCUUCGUGCCACUGCAGGUGGAAGCGCUGUCCUGGCAAAUGCACGUGCACGAAUUUCAAGAGAUUGGAGCGGGCAUUCCGGAUGCGAUCAGCGGUGACGACGAAAUUCUCGACCACAUGAUCACAAACUCGGUUGCUACGACAUUGCGCAGCCUGGCUGAAGGUGGGGCGUACGAUCCUUGGAGUGUCGGACAGAGCAAGGCGGUGGGUUCCCUUGUGACGGAGCUCGCGGAGGUGAUGGACACAAGCUCCGCGACGUUUAAGUCCCUCGUCGUCGCGUUCGCUCGGCCACUUAUCCGCUGGACAGAUGGCCUGCUGCAAGCGGUCACCGAGACAGGCGUCUUGCCUAGCUCAGCGCAAGGCAAAGGAGGGCGAGCCGAACAGGCCCGACGAGAAAUUUGGGAAGCGUGCAUGGUAUUGUUUGUGCAGAAUUUUGGCACGCUAGGGUCUCGACUCCGCAAUGCAGAGCCGCUGAUGGCGGAAAUGCUACACUCGAGGAUAAGCAAAAUCUUCGCAGCAUUGAUAUCCGGGGCGUCUGAAGCGGAAGCAAAGACGAUGGCGGCCGAAAUUGCCAGCGCACUACCAAGAGGCCAUAGCAUGGUAGGACCUGAGCUUGCAAGCCUGCUGGGAUAUGCUACAUGAGGCGGUCGAAUACAUGUACAGGAGCACGGCUUUUCAAUCGAAACAGAUUGUGCGCACGCAGAGCAC